AUGUCAACGGGAUUACCGCCAAUGUCGAUUUUGGAACCGCUGAUCAAAUCGCGGCUCGAGCAGGAUCCAUGGAUGAAUCUGGGCGGAUUUGUUCUAGGUUACGCUAUCGACUCAAUCUUCUUCGGGAUGAUGUGCGUCACGCUGGUAAAUUGGUUACGCUACGGUGCUAAGGAGAGCUUGACGAUCAAGCUGGUACUUGCCUACUCCAUUAUCGCCGGGGUGGUAGCUACGGGCUUCAACAUGUACAUCAUGAUUUAUCACUUCAUGUAUCACUUCGGAGACUAUGCGCCGUUCUUUCUGGCUGCUAAAACGGGAGGUUGGGCAUUCAUCGGAAGCCUGAGUGUGCCCCAAAUCCAAGCGUUUUACGGUAUGCGCGCCUUUCGCUUGAAUGACAACAACUACAUUCUCCUUGUCGUUAUCGUCCUCGGGAUUCUAUGCCAAUUCAGCGCUUCUAUGGCUUGCGCCGUCAUGACCUAUUCCGUCAAGGCCGGCGAGCUCGGCAAGCGAAAAGAUGCGGUCAAAGUACCGAUUUACAUUUGGGUCUCAUCGACUCUGUAUGCCGACGGUCUAAUCACGGCGGCGAUCAUCUACGGAUUAAUGAGAAACAAGACGGGUUUCGUCGAGACGGAACGACUCAUCAACAGAUUGAUCACUGUCGCACUCGAGGCCUCCUUACCCGCCACGCUCGUCUCCAUCGCCUUCUUGACAACCUUCUGUAUCACCGAGAACACCACCCUCUUCAUCCUGUUCUGGGAAAUGUUUCACCCCAAGGUCUAUAUCCUCCCGUUCAUCGCGGUACUGAAUUCGCGCGUAAAGUUCCAAAGAGACUUUGCGGGAUUGGCCGGAGGUCAUAGUUCGACGUUCAUUUUUAAUGAUAAAGAAGGAACACGAAUUCGAGCGAAUACUGUAUCGACCGUACAGGACUACUCGCCCGGACCUGACAACGCCUCUCAGAGGCCCCUGGAUGACAGGUCGACCGUUGGUGGCGAGAGUACUACCCACUUGACGACUCCGCCAUUUGCCGUUUGUCGGACGUGAGUCCUUGAGCGGGCGAUGACCCGCGACGGGACGAGCGAUUCCGCUUGAUCGUCGGAUGAUAAUUGUGCUGCCUGGGAGCAGCGAGAUGUAUAAGAAGAACAAUG